AUGGCGAGGUCACAGACGCGCUCUCCGCCCAAGUCGCCUUUGAGCCGAGACUUUGAUGCAUUCAUCAACUCGAAUGUGACGACGGUCAACUCGAGGGAAGGCACGCAGCUCGCCGAGGCUACGCCGCAGCUAGACCUCCCGCAGCGAAUUGAUGCCCCCGAGAGCAUCAAAACCCCAGCUAGAGACUUCCCCCAGACACGAGAGGAGCGCAUUCAAAAGACUGUGUUUUCGCCUCACGCAACUGCACUGCGCAAGCUAAAGACACAAAUUCGCUCGUCGUUUGACAAUGGAGCAGAAGUGGAGGCCAAGCUGAGCUGUUGCUCUUCGCAAAAACUGAAGGAUCGCGGUCGCGCUGUUUCCGCCAAACUCAUCAAAGAGUAUUCCAUGCUGGCGGAGUCGAGCAAACGAGCGGGGCGCCACGAUGCCGAGUGCACUGCCUACUUAUGUCUUGGGAUUCUUCACGACAACGUCGAGGACUACUCCAAGGCCAUUGACUGCUACCUAUUGGUGCUUUCAAUUAGUGAAAGCACAGAGAACAAAUUGUUUAUGGGACUAGCUGCCAACUGCAUUGGCGUCAACUACCAGCUCCUUUCAUCCUCGACGAAAGAUUACAGCUACACAGGCAAGUUCGUCGACCCGCAAAACAAAAGCCUGCAGUAUGCACUUGUGUACCAUCAGAAACACCUCGAGAUCGCCGAUGACGCCGGCAAGUUCGUGGCCCACUUGAAUCUGGGACUUACGUUUGGCUCCCUCGACCGACCAAACGAAGCUGCACACUACUAUCAGGAGGCACUUCGGUUAGCCAUCCAGCUCAACAGCGCGUACGGUCAAAGUCUAGCAGUUGGUAAUCUUGGGCUGCUUGCAAGUCGUCAGAGCGACCUCGACACUGCUGUCGCAUGCAUGAACCAGCACUUACAGCUUAUCCAGUCGGUCAACGAUCGUCCAGCGGAGACCUUCGCGUGGAUUCAGCUUGGACAUCUUGCGAGUCGGCGAGCUGAAUACGAAAAGGCGGAGCGUGCAUUCGACCAAGCCCAUCGGUUAGCGCAGGAACUGGGAGAUGUCGGCACAGUGAAGCAGUGUAGCUGCUACUUAGGAGUUGCCCGAGCGCGUCUGCAAAUGCAGGGAUACGUACGCCAGCUUACAGGCUCGUUGUUACCUCCGACGACCAGUUGA